AUGAAAAUGGCUUCAACAACUCUUGCGUUGCCGCAGAAGCGCUAUUAUCGACAAAGGGCGCAUUCUAAUCCGAUCGCAGACCACUGUUUUGAUUACCCUAGAACCCCUGAAGACAUGGACUGGACGAAGUACUACCCAGAAAUGGUUAAACGAGAGCAAGAAAACAACCCCAUGGUCGAAUUUGCUGAUAUCGGGUGUGGAUAUGGGGGGCUGUUAAUUACACUGUCGCCCCUCUUUCCACAAACUUUAAUGUUAGGAAUGGAAAUACGCGUGAAAGUUUCUGAUUAUGUGAUGGAUCGAAUUGCGGCCCUUAGGUCUCAGCAUCCAAACCAAUACCAAAAUAUUGCCUGUUUGAGGACAAACGCCAUGAAGUAUUUACCCAAUUAUUUCAAGAAAGGCCAAUUGAAAAAGAUCUUUUUUCUGUAUCCUGACCCCCAUUUUAAAAAAUCUAAACAUAAAUGGCGCAUUAUUAAUCAGUGUUUGCUGGCAGAAUACGCCUAUGUGUUGGCAGUAGGUGGAAUUGUGUAUACAGUCACUGACGUGAAAGAAUUGCACGACUGGAUGAAACAACACUUUACUGACCACCCUCUAUUCGAACAAAUUGGACAGGAAGAAUUGAAGGAUGAUCCUGUUGUUGAUAAACUCUACAGUAGUUCAGAGGAGGGCCAAAAAGUAACACGCAACGAAGGCGAUAAAUUUUUGGCUGUUUUCCGACGCGUUGAAGACACAUUCUGUGAAUGAUCUAAAUACAAUAAACUAUUUAGGCUU